AUGCUGUCUGCAGAGGAUCCCGUGGAGUGGCUCAUGGAGCAUAGCGGUGGUGGUGGCUCCGCGUCUUUGAAUCGGCCCACAGCUGCACUCCUAGCCGAGGCGUUGGCGGGCAAAGGUGCGGUGGCCCGUGAAGACUUCGUCCACUCCCUCUCCGCGGUGAAUGGGUUGACGCGUGAAUCUGCUGCAUCCCUGGUCAAACGGUUCGGCACCAGAAGUGCACUGCGCGACCACCUCUCGGAGGCCACGGACCCUGUCGCCGAGGCAGGCCAGCUUCUACCGCAGCUGAGCCGCCCCGCGUGCUGCCGACUCGUCGAGGCAGUGCUCGGCCAGGACGGGCUCGCCCUGGAGCGGCACCGGCAGCGGAUCAUGGCUGCCGACGGCGUCUCCGAAGCAUCUGCCGACAGCUUAGCCGCCCGCUUCCCGGACGCAGCGAGCCUCUGCCGAGCGCUGCUCUCCGACGAGUCCGCCCCAGAGCCCGUCGGUCGCGCGAUGGCCCUCGCCAGGCUCUCGCGGCCGGCGGCCCGCGGCCUGGUGGCCGAGUUCCUCGACGGCCAUGCCGGCCUCGCGUGGGACGACCUCGUCCAGCGGGUCGGCAGCACUCCCGGGAUCUCUCCCGGCACCGCACGCACCCUCGUGCAGCGGUUCUCGGGGGACCAGGCCGGGCUCCUGAGGGCCGCAGCGGCGGAC